GAGAGAGAGAGAGUGAGAGAGAGAGAGAGAGAGAGAGAGAGAGAGAGAGAGAGAGAGAGAGAGAGAGAGAGAAUAAGAGAGAGAGAGAAUAAGAGAGAGGAGAGAGAGAAGAGAGGAGAGAGAGAGACGAGAGAGAGAGAGAGAGAGAGAGAGAGAGAGAGAGAGAGAGAGAGAGAGAGAGAGAAAACAUUUAGAAACGCCCAACGUUCGCGUACAGAAAUCUACACUACUGCACCUUACGACACGAGCAUUAAACUCAUUCACACUCCACAUUACAACUACCGCCUUGGCCAUUUUGGCCCCCCUAUAGAACUUCAUUAG